AUGGGGAAAAAGAAAUUCAUCGACAAGAAAAAAUCCGCAACCUUCCAAUUAUUCGCGCGCGACUCCUCCGAUCCCAACUCCGACGGUACUGACCGAGUUUUCGUGCGAGUCGACAAUAAUUCCUACUCAGUAGGCAGCUUCUUGCCCGACAGCAAAAUCUCCGGCAACAGCCACUUUGAUGACGAUCCUAAUUCGAUUUUCGCUGACGCGCCGGAUGAUAUGGAAGAUGGUGACAAUGGCAGUUUUGGUAAUUCUGCGAACUUUGGAGGGGGAUUUUUUAGUGAAACAUCCUCAGGGCCUUUGCCGGAGGAUGUCAGGAGAGAGAUUGUGGAAUUAGGGUUUCCUGAUGAUGGUUAUAAUUAUUUACUUCACAUGAGAGAGAUUAAAAGUGCCGUUAAUGGCUCGGGUUUUUUUCAAAAUCCUAAAGCCAAGCUUGAUCAGCUUCCUCAUGAUGUCAAGGCUUAUGACGCAUCGAGAGUAAAAGUGUCGGAAUUGAAAAGUGAAGAUAGAAAUGAUAAGUCAAUUUAUAAUGUAGUGUCGAAGAGUGUUGGCGUUAGAGUUCAGAAAGCAGUUGAUCCUGAAGUAGCUGCAUUGCUGGAUGACAGUGAUUUGUCGCGGUUUGGUUCUGAUGUUGAGGACUUGGAGGAGGAUUUUGUUGUUCGUGCGAAUCUUCAUGAGGGAGGGGAGGAUUUGGAUGCUGAUGAUUUGGUUGAGGGAUCAGAGGUGAUUAAUGAAGGUAUUGGUGGAUAUGUUAAUUACGGUCUUGUUCGAGAAAAUGUAGCGGAUCGCAGUGGUGUAGAGAAAGCAAUAAAUGCUCCUGCGGAGGCAAGAGGUGAUUUUGGAGAUGAGAUGCAGCGAGUUCGUCGUCCUUUGGAUGAACAAUUUGAUUUGCUUGAACGUCAAGAAUAUGGCACUGAUGAUGAAGAUGAUGAAUAUGAUGGUUACAUAGCUAAAGAAGAUGAAUUUCUUGCUGACAAGCUUAAACAUGUCCUUAAUGAUCGUGCAGUGGAUAACCUGGAACUUGAUGACAAAUAUGAGGUUCCUGCAGAUUUAUUGCACGACAAUGAUAGACCAAAAAAUAAAGAACUAUUAGACUCAGCAGCUGAUGUCAUUCGCCUCUGUAGAGAAUACGGGAAGAAGUAUGAAAAUGAGGAUGAAGAUAAAGAGGUUAUUAUUGAAGAGGAAAGUAGUGAUGAGUCGGAAAAGUGGGAUUGUGAGACUAUUGUCUCCACAUAUUCAAAUCUCGAUAACCACCCUGCUAAAAUUGGAGCUCCAGAAACUGCUAGAAAGAAGAUGUUAGCCAAAGCUGUUGUUGGGGCUUUAAAUGCUUCCAGUCAUGUGAUAGCCCUUGGAGGAAAAGAAAAGCUUCCUGUAGACUUUUUGCCUCAUAGUAGAAAACCUGCUACAGAAAAGGUCAAGGCCAUGCCAAGCUUGCAAAUGGAGCAGCAAAAGAGGAAGCAACACGGCCAGGAGUCUAAGGAGGAGAAGAAAGAACGGAAGGCUGCUGUAAAGGAGGAAAGGCGUGAAGCUCGACGCAUGAAAAAGGAGAUGAAGGAGCUCUACCGGUGUGAAGCACAGCGUGCUCAGAAAAAUGCUGCUGUAGCAGGCCCAUCUUCCAUUCAUCUUGCAUAA